AUGUACAUAUUCAUCGGAUUGACUUAUGCUAUAUCAUCGUUACAUGUUGUACUUGCUUUAAUAAUUAUUAUUCUUGGCAUUAUUUCACAAAGUCGAGAACUUGUUUGGAUGGCACAUAGUAUUUCACCACUAUGGAGUGGCGUUUUUUUUGCUCUUUGUGGGGCCAUAGGAAUAAUAUGUGCACGUCAAAAAGGUCUCUAUGUGAUACUAUGCUAUGUAGCAAUCAGUACUGUUACACUUAUAGUAGAUUGUGUUAAUAUUCAAUUGCUACGUUUAGGUCUGGUUAAUAUAAUGACUGAUGGGAAAGCUUAUUUAAAAGAACGAAAAGAUUUACUUAUAUUUAUGGCAUUAAUUGUUUCAUUAAUUGAAUGUUUUAUAUGUUUAUUAAGUAUAUCUGUUGGUAUACGAUUAUCAUUUGAUGCAGCUAAUAAAAAAUUUCGUAAGAAAGAAGGCGCAUUUUUUGUUCAAAUUUUAUCGGAAAAAGAUAUUGUCGUUGUUUCAAAACCUCCAACAUCAAAACAAUCUGGUUCAACUCGUGAAUCUUCUCAAUCACACGAUCGACCAUCGACAUGA